CACAUGCUAGUCAAGCUGGAUCAGCUGACAUCAGCCUGCUUCUCCUUUCUGAUGCUCUCUGCCUCCUCCAUCGGACUCAUAGCGCUUCUUUAAACACUAUUCUUUCCUAUUUCUGAGCGUUACUGGCGUCAAAUCUUGAAGUGUGAGCCGAGUACAUCUCGCUGAUCUUUCCACCGCCGGAUAGAUGCUGCUAGAGUGGAUGAUGAACGGACACGCUAUCCUCUACACCGGGGUCACUCUGGCCUUCUGGACCACCAUACUCGUCGUCGGUCUCUGCUAUACCAUAUUUGACCUUGGAUUCCGCUUUGAUAUAGCAUGGUUCCUGACAGAGACUUCUCCUUUCAUGUGGGCCAAUCUGGGCAUUGGCUUGGCCAUCUCUCUGUCUGUGGUGGGAGCAGCCUGGGGGAUCUACAUCACCGGCUCAAGCAUCAUUGGUGGUGGUGUCAAGGCUCCACGAAUCAAAACCAAGAAUUUGGUCAGCAUCAUCUUCUGUGAAGCUGUAGCCAUCUACGGGAUCAUCAUGGCCAUUGUGAUCAGCAACAUGGCGGAGAACUUCAGUGGAACAACCCCUGAGACCAUCGGGGCAAGGAACUACCAAGCUGGUUACUCCAUGUUCGGAGCCGGUCUGACCGUGGGCUUUUCCAACCUCUUCUGUGGCAUCUGCGUCGGCAUCGUGGGCAGCGGAGCAGCACUGGCAGACGCCCAGAACGCCAACCUCUUCGUGAAGAUCCUCAUUGUGGAAAUCUUUGGCAGUGCAAUUGGCCUGUUUGGUGUCAUUGUAGCCAUUCUGCAGACAUCGAAAGUAAAGAUGGGUGACUAGAAGAUGCAAAUCACACGCUGAGAAGAUAAAAAGACACUGCUGGAAAAUAAGAUGGAUUAUUGUGUAAAUACAUCGUAAAUUAUUUAAAUGUCUCUAUUUGUCUGGUAUUGUUUUUAACCAUCAUUUAUGCAAGAGUGGUACGUGCACACCCCGACUGUCUUGUCUUGAGAGAAACAUGAAUUUUGAAUGAGAAAAGAAUCCCCAGAUGCCAGUGUUUCUUCUGCAUUUCUCGAUAUAGUUGAGUGAACCCUGUAUCUCUCCUUCAGUUCAGCUUGAUGAGCAGAAUGUACACGAAUUGUAGGAUUUAAUAUCUGUUUCCUAAACACCAGCCAAUCUGUAUUCUUGAGCAGCUUCAUCACAUGGAUUGAAUCGCUCUCAAAACUUACGGAUAGGUUCAUAGAAGUUGGGGGCAUUUUCAUGACUUCUCUGACCACUCUUGGAUGAAUGAUGAGUUGAAAAUGACACCAGAGUAUUUGAAAAUAUUUGUGUGCGUGUGUGUGUGUGUAUGCUGGACACGUGAUUUUUCUUUUUUCCUGUGAAGCAUGAGGGUGUUUACCAUUGUCUUUAUUACUGUAGCCUGGUCUGUCAGUUUUUUUUGUUUUUCUAACUGUUCUUCGCUAAUAAUAAGCAAGUGGUCCUUAAUCCACGCAGUGGCCCAAAUACAGUAUUUGUGAGGCCUCCAGCUGUAGAAGUGACAGAGAAUAUAUGGAGUACUGAUCUGGAAUCAUUAGGAAGGUCACAGGAGAGUUGGACAUGCUCUUUGGGAGGCCAAAUGGAGUGGGAUCACAGCAGCAGAUCUGUUCUAAAUAUGUCAUCCUGUCAUUCAUUUCCUUAGUUCCCCAAAACGUUAUGGAACUAGGAUGUCUACACGAGAGCCUCCUGAACAUAGCUGCCAGCCAUAACUUCCUUGUUUACCCCCAGAGUCUCCUAUAUUUUUUUCUUUUAACCAGGUUCCUCUUCCGUAGUUUUUACAAGGAUGAAUUGGACAUGAAAGUGUUCAGUGUUGACUAGAGAGAAGCCAAAAGAUUGUGGAUAAUCAAAAUAUUUUUCUUUGCAGACGCCCAAGUUAAAGUUCAAAUUGUUAUCCUCUUUCUCAAGUCACAAUUCAACCUUAUAUUAUCUUAGACAGGAAAGAGGGAUUUAUUUUAGAGAGCACCUCAGUUACUAGUAUUACCUUACACUCAAUAGUAACUGUUAAUAUUUGCUGUAGCGUCACCAUCAUAGUCCCUAGAUGUCUUUAGGGAAAAUUCGUUUUUGAACAGACUGGUCCUCUGUCUUUGAUUUUAUGUGAUCUCAGGUGGUUUGGCACCCAGAACUCUGGGUAAAAACGACUCCAUUACAUAAUCAAACAACUUUAUGGAUACAUUUUAAAAAAAGAUAUCUUUAUUUUACAUUUAUUUUACCCAUAAAUCACAUUUCUUUCUAUUUUUUAUUAAACUGUCUUGUUUUGAAUGUACGUCUUAACAUGCUAGCUGUUCAAGUCUGUGUUCCCAAAUUAUUUUCUAACAUUCCUUAAAAGUAGUUUUUUUUUUUUGUGGGUAGAGUGCAAUUUGAAUGGCAAAACUUAGACUCCUGCUACAUCACAACAAAGCCAUCACAAAAAUCUUUCAUCCAAGUUGGCACGUACUUUCUAUCAGCUGGUAGCUAUGCAGCGUUUCAGCUGUUUCUUAUUGAUGCUGACUCGUAAAUCUGGGUAAAUAGAUUAUUUUUCUGAACCUUUGGUUGACAGAAGAAUCAAGUUGAUGUCGGCACAGAGAGCAGAAUGCUUGUUGAAACACAUUUGUUAACACCUUUUGUUCUUGAUGCAUCAUUCCACCUGUUAAGAUGACAGACCAUGGCGAAGUGUGAAUCGUCUCAAAUCUUUCCAGUAAUUUGUCCCCUCCAACCCUCUCGUGGAGUGAAUGAGUGUAAACUUUGAAUCUUAACAUGGGAAACUGGAUUGUGUUUAAUAAAUCCAGACCUGGCCUCCCAAAGGUGUCAAAACAGUAACAACGUCUUUGCCCUUGUGAUGGUUUUAUAAUGAAACCGAGGUGUAACUCCAGCAUUCCUUUGGUAAACCAGGCUCUGAACCAAACCCCAGGCUUUCAGUGAGUGUAGUUGGUACCGUGUGUGCAUUAUGUUGAUGUGAUGGUGAUCAGAAAAUAAAGUCAUUGUUUUUGACAUUGUGUAUGAUGAUAACAAAAACAGAUCUUCCUUCUGGCUUCAUAAAUGUCCUUGAGAAAAUAAAAUUGUCCAAUCAAGA